AUGUCCCAAGGCCAAUGGCAGUGUGGCCUGUGUUCCACGCAGUUUAGCCGUGCCGAGCAUCUUCGGCGCCACUUGAGAUCGCAUGAGAAUAAGCGGCCAUACGAGUGUAGUCUCUGCCAGCGGUCUUUUACCCGACGAGAUGCGAAAACGCGGCAUGAGAAGACGUGUAAAGCGACGAUGCAGAGCCCGAUGCCCGUAGCACAGUCUCAGCCAACUUUGUUUGGGACGACGAAUCUCUCCCAUGGCCUUGAAGAUGACUUUCUGAUGGACAUGUCGAUGCCGUACCCGUCUGACUUUUCGGCAUUGGACUGGCUCUACUCCACGAGUACCCAUAUGAGUUCUGAUAAUAUCAUCACUGCAGAAAGGCUUGAUUUCCUAGCGCAUUUUACCAGCGAAAACGGGAUGGGCACGUUCUUAGCGCCUGAGACACUAGAGGAGAGGCAGAAGCUCAUACUGAAGCACGAGCACGAGUCCCGCACAGUCGGUGGUGGCCAUGAGCUGCCUAUCACCUCAUCGAUUUCCGCUGCCACACAUCAAACAAUAGAGCCAGCCAUGCUCCACAUCACCCCCGAAGACCUCGACCCCCUAACAGCUCGAACGUACGAGAUUCUCCAUCACUUCCGCAACAUCAUAACGACCAAAGCCUCUGCAACCGUCGUGAAACUUGACUGGACCCCCAAUGUCGAAUCCGCCGUUCGCUCCUUUUUCUCUCCAACAAAUAUCACCCGCUACCUAGGCUACUUCUGGUCCCUGUGGUAUCCCAACUGUCCAUUCGUGCACCGCGCCUCCUUCGACCCGCAAACUGCGCCACCUGCAUUGCUCUGUGUUACGGUGUUGAUUGGGGCAUGUCUCUCACCGCACCGCGAGGAUGCCGUCACGGCGCGGAUGUGGCUCAAUGUAGUUGAGGAGUUGGCGUUUAGUGACAGUUCCUUUUGGGAGGAAAGAGACGGCGGUGGGAGUGGAGGUAAGGCAGUGGUACUUGAUCAGUAUGUCGGGAGGAAGAAGAAGAGGCUCGAGUGUGUUCAGACGGUGUACUUGGUAUGCUCGUUGCAGAAGAGAGAGGGGGAUGAGGAGGCUAGGACUAGGGUAAGGAGGUAUCGACAUGCGACCAUGGUUAUGGUAAGACCUUCCCAGCGCUGUGUAGACGGGCGACUGACUUGA